AUGUCAUUAUUAAUUGAAUCAAUAUUUUUUUCAAAUAAAGAAAGUUCAAAAGAUCAAAAAGAUAAUUUUUUAAAUAAUUUUUUAAAACAAGGAAAAUUUAAAGAGAUAAUAAAGAGUAGUGAUGAAAAUGAAACUAAUAAAAUAUUAAAUGAAUAUAAAAGUGAUUAUCCAAUUGUUGCAAUUUUAAUUCAUAUUUUAAUAGAUAAACAAGUAAGUUCAAAUGAGAGUUCUAUUAUGGAGUUCAUAGAUAAUAAAACUAAAACAAUUGUGGAAUAUAGAGAAAAGAGAAAAAUGAAUUCAUUCAUUGUUACUUUUAUUGAUAUUGACGACUCAACUAUUUCAAUGGAAUCUAAAAGAAGAGAUGAAAUUAAUGAUAAAUUAUUCCCAAUGUUUCUAUGUAAAUUAUUUAAAAAUGGUAGUUCAUUAGUUACAAAUAAAAUCAAUGAUGUUAUAGAGUCAUUGAAAAUCGUUGAAACUACAUCAAUUGAUAAAUCUGGUGAUUUUAAAUGUACAAUUUGUCAUAAGAGUGGAUUUGCAACAAAUUUAUCCCAAGAUCAUCUUAGGGAACAUAUUUUCAUAUUUCAUUGUAAUUGUUCAUUAAAUGAUAUUGAAAAUUCAAUACCGUUAUGUCCAAUUUGUAAUAUUAGACCAAUGGAAAGAAUGGGUGUUCAUUUACAUGAAUCUCAUGGUGAAAAAGGUGCACCAACUGAAAAGCAAUUAUCACUCUCAAAAAUAUAUGCAUUUUGUUUGGUUGUAGUUAGAAAAAGAUCAAAUAAUACUUAUUUAUUAGUCAAUGAAGCUGCAGGUCGUGGGUAUUGGUUACCUGGUGGAAAAUUAAAUGUUAAUGAAGCUUUACAACAAUGUGCUAUCAGAGAAACAAAAGAAGAAACUGGUAUUGACAUUGAAUUAAAAGGUAUACUCAGAGUGGAAUUUAGUCCAAUGGUUAAUUACUCACGAAUGCGUGUCAUUUUUUAUGCUGAACCAAUCGAUGAAAAUCAACCACCUCGUCUCAUUCCAAAUUAUGAAAGUAUGGGCGCUAUUUAUGUGCCACUAGAUCAAUUAACGUCAUUCAAUUUACGUGGUAAAGAACCAACAAUUUGGUUCAAUUAUGUUGAUAAAAACAAACCAAUUCAUCCCCUUUCUUUAUUAGCUUUAGAAGGUUCUCUACCAAAAUAA